AUGGCGAUCGGCAACGCUUUCAACGAGAAAGAUGAGGCCACGACAUCAGUACAGCAGCAUAAGCCGUCUCAUGCUUCCUCGGCCUCGAAUCAGCCAAUCAACUCUUCGUUCUCCUCCUCAACACCGCUGUGCGUGGACGUUACAGCUGUCCCACCAUGUCCAGGAACUGACACAUCGGAAGACAGCAACGAUGAUGCACGAGAGAGAGCACAAGUCGAGAAGAAGUUGGUACGCAAGCUGGAUAUAUGCUUGUUGCCAGUGUUGAUUGUGAUGUGUGCAUUUUCGAUCGUGGACAAGUCUGGAAUCAGCGUAGCUCUGAUUGACAACCUCAAGCACGAUAUUCACAUCACGCAAACUCAGUUCAACAUCGGCAUCGGUCUCUUCAAUCUAGGCACUCUCCUCUUUCAGCUUCCCUCAAACCUGCUUAUCACUCGUGUCCGACCCUCUGUGUACCUGUCCUUCUGCUGCCUCGCGUGGUCUUUGGUCUCAGCAUGCCACGCGAUCAUCCACGACUAUCCAUCCUAUACUCUCGUUCGAGUAUUUCUCGGUAUCGCAGAAGCACCUUUCUUCGUCGGUGCGGUACACGUUAUGAGCAGCUGGUACACUAGACGUGAACUCGCAUUGCGGAACUCUUUCAUAUUAGGCGCCAUCAUCCUCACCUUGACCUUCAUAUCCCCCCUCAGUGGUGGUAUUUUGCAAGCUCUGGGAGGAAAGAAUGGAUGGGCAGGAUGGAGAUGGCUGUAUUUAUUGUAUGGAGUCUGCGGGUUCGCGCCUGCUAUUGCUGGAUUCUGUCUCUUGCCUGAUUAUCCUGGUUCGAAGAGGAGAAGGUGGUGGUUGACCGAGCAGGAGCAAGUAGUUGCACAACGUCGAAUCAAAGAGGAUCGAGUGAACGAAAGGGAAGUCGAACGGAAGAAGCUUGCAACUGGACUGGUUGAUGCACUGAAGGAUAAGAGAACCUGGAUCUUCGUUAUGAUGCUCAUGGCUCGCAAAUCACUUGAGGGUCUUUACAUCUACCUCACACCAAUCACUUUAGCCAUCACUAAGCAGCUCUUCCCAAACUCUUCCAUCGACAUGAAGACACUGUCCCUGAUUAUUGGCUCUCCACCAGCUCUAUUAGCAGCUAUCUUAGCCUUGUUUUUCGCCUACACUUCCGAUCGUUACUCAGAGCGGACUUUCCACCUCGCUGUGCCUCUCGUAUUUGCGCUGAUAGGCACAAUCACCAGUGCCGCAUCCUUGAAUCCAGUAGCACGCUAUGUCAGCAGUUACCUCUACCUGGCUGGCCAUGUGGCUGGAACAGCACUAUUAUGGUCUUGGGUGCCAGGCGUCAUUCAAGAAACUCCUGAGAAGAAGGCUUGUGGUAUUGCUAUAGUGAAUGUGCUCGGUGGUCUGGGUGGUCUAUGGAGCCCUUUCUUGUUCCGGGGGCGGGACAUGCCAAGGUAUCCAUUGGCGUUCGCAGUGAUUUCAGGCUUUAUCGUGGUUGAUAUUGCUUGCUGUUUUGUGAUGAGGUCAGUUUUGAAGAAGCAGAACCAGAGGCUUAAGGACAAAGCGCAAGAGAAUGCGACUGAGGAGAAGGUAUAUGUUCUAUGA